UGGUGGAGUAUUAUGGUCUGUCGGGAAUUCAGAAUGGCUGGGACGGGUAAAGGGGAGGGGAGGGGGGAUAUCUGCUCAGCUAGCGCGCAGCGAGCUAACGGUAGGUAGCACUGGAGUAAACAUGGAGCUGUCCGCCGUCGGGGAGAGGGUGUUCGCCGCCGAGUCGAUCAUUAAACGCCGAAUAAGGAAGGGUCGCAUCGAAUAUCUCGUCAAAUGGAAAGGAUGGUCUCCCAAGUACAGCACUUGGGAGCCGGAGGAGAAUAUUUUGGACUCCCGCUUGUUCGCCGCCUUUGAACAGAGGGAGCGAGAACGGGAGCUGUACGGGCCCAAAAAGAGAGGACCGAAACCCAAAACGUUUCUGCUCAAGGCGCAUGCUAAAGACAAAACCAGAUCCUAUGACUUCAGGAGCGAGGCGGUUCGGGGGAUCCACUUCCCGACUCCAGAACCGGUCGUCACCCCAAGAGCCCGGGAAGGCCUGAGAGCCGUGGUUCCUACCAUCUUCCCACCGAGCGCCGUCAACCGAGGCGAAAGCGUCUGCUUGCCCUCACUUCAGCAGAACAGCUCGGUUGGGUUCAUCCACACGCCCAAAAAGAGGGGGCCCAAACCCCGCUUCAGUGACCCUGAGAGGAGGCCGGAGGACCAGUCCAGCCAAGGGUCGCACAAAUUCACCAAGAUCCACGGUGGGGAGGUCAGACAUUCGGAGAACCACAGUCACGGCUACAAACACCACCACCACCACUCGCAGAGCCAUGGCACUUUCAGCGGGAGCUUCCACAAACACCCCCACAGAACCAACCCAGACACGCACAGGACUAAGAACAGCUCCGGUUACUUGGCCCCCGCUCACUUCAAGCACCACUCCACGGCGCCGCCUCCUCCCAUGGAAAAGCCUUACUUUUUGGACAGGCCCUCGCCGACCCGGCUGGACGACGACUUCGACGAAGUGACGUGGAGGCCGAGUCUGAACAACGUUGAAAAGGUCCUGGUGACGGACGUGACCUCCAACUUCCUGACGGUCACCAUCAAGGAGAGCAGCACGUCCAAGGGCUUCUUCAAGGAGAAAAGAUGAUGCGCCGCGAGUCGUGCCUGAACUCCAGAUGAUGCGCCGAGUCAUGCCUGAACUCCACUCUCCCUGUUGCUGCAGCGUUUUCAGUUUUGAAGCGACCUUUUGUAUGUGACGUGUAAAUAGCGUGUAUAUUUUAAAGUGGAACAUCUAUUUAAUGUAUUGACCAAAUGAAGUCCAUUUCAUCUGUGAACUCGAGUCACAUCUGUACAGCUGCUGAAUAUUAUCUCACAACUAUAACUAACUAGAAUGUAUUUUUUCCCCAAAAUAAUAUCUUGUGCUCAAAGCAUCGUCAACAAGCAAAGCUUGCAUUUUUUUUAUAGUUCAAAUUAGGUCCUGUUUACUUCAAAAGGACAAAAAAAAUCUACUCAAGCACUUUGAAUUUAAGAGUAUUAAAAUAUAUGAAGUUUGUUCUGGAAUUUUGUGCUCAAUAACAUAAAUUAGUUUUUCCCCUGUCUUUCCUCAUUAACUUUAUAUUUUACAUUUUCAUAGAAAUUUGAUGUAACAGGAAAAGAUGCAACUUUUCAAUAAAUUGGAAAUUCUCA